AUGGCUGAGAAAGGAGAUGAUAUAACUUUGACUGAGGGAGUUAAAAAGACUCCAAUCAGUGGAAACGAAGAUCUCGGCGAAUUUGUAAGUAUAUUAUAUCAAUGGUGUAUACUGAUCUUAGGUUCACAACAUCCUGAAAACUACUCAAAAUCAGUUCGAGACCAUGUCAAAUAAGAUUAUUUCUCGUAUCGACGAUGUUUCCAGAAGAGUGGACGAUCUUGAAAAAAGUAUCACCGAACUCAUGAACCAAGCCGGGGUUCCGCCAGACGAAAAAUACGAAUAA